AUGGCUAGAUGUGUCAGUCAUUGUUCUUCUUCCUCCACCACUUUCUCACCUUCUUCAUUCAAACAUGAAAGACAUCUACCCAGAAGAUUAAUUCCAUUUACCAGGUGGAAUCCCACCUCAGUAUCUAAUUGUAAUCCAAGCCCUCAUCUUAGAAAGCAAUUUGAACUCAAAUCCUCAAAUGGGUUCCCACUAAAUGCUGUUUCUUUGCAAGAUGGUUUGAGUGGGAAUUCACCUGCUAAAGAACCUGUUUUAUCAAAAGAUGGGUCACUUCUGUUCUCCCAAUCAGAAAAAAUGGAGUCUACUAUCAGCAUUACUGUUGUUGGAGCUUCUGGUGAUCUUGCUAAGAAAAAAAUCUUCCCUGCACUUUUCGCUCUUUUUUAUGAAGAUUGUCUACCUGAGCAUUUUACAGUUUUUGGUUAUGCUCGGAGUAAGAUGACAGAUGAAGAACUAAGGAACACGAUUAGCAAAACCUUGACUUGUAGAAUUGAUAAGAGGGAAAACUGCAGCGGCAAGAUGGACCAUUUCUUGCAAAGAUGCUUCUACCAUUCGGGUCAGUAUGACUCAGAAGAAAAUUUUUCAGAUUUGGACAACAAACUGACAGAGAAAGAGGCUGGAAAGCUGCCCAAUAGGUUAUUUUACUUGUCAAUUCCUCCAAAUAUUUUUGUUGACGUAGUAAGAUGUGCUAGCCUUCGUGCUUCUUCAGCAAGUGGGUGGACUAGGGUAAUUGUUGAAAAGCCAUUUGGACGUGAUGCGGAGUCGUCUGGAGAACUAACCAGAUGUUUGAAGCAGUAUCUAGCCGAGGACCAAAUUUUCAGGAUCGACCAUUACUUGGGAAAGGAGAUUGUUGAGAAUCUCUCUGUUCUUCGCUUCUCGAAUCUUGUUUUUGAACCUUUAUGGUCCAGGAACUAUAUCAGAAAUGUGCAAUUUAUAUUUUCUGAAGAUUUUGGAACAGAAGGUCGAGGAGGAUAUUUCGAUAACUAUGGAAUCAUCAGGGAUAUAAUGCAAAAUCAUCUCCUUCAAAUACUCACUCUGUUCGCAAUGGAGACACCUGUCACCUUAGAUGCUGAGGACAUUAGGAAUGAAAAGGUGAAGGUUUUACGGUCAAUGAGACCAGUGGUGCUUGAUGAUGUAACAGUGGGGCAAUAUAAGGGCCAUACAAAGGGUGGGAAGUCUUAUCCUGCUUACACAGAUGACCCAACUGUCCCAAAGGGCAGCCUCACCCCUACCUUUGCGGCCGCUGCUCUCUUCAUCGAUAAUGCACGAUGGGAUGGGGUGCCUUUCUUGAUGAAAGCUGGAAAAGCUCUCCAUACCAAAAGGGCAGAGAUCAGAGUUCAGUUCAGGCAUGUCCCUGGUAACUUAUACAAGCGAAAUUUUGGAACUGAUUUGGGUAAAGCUACCAAUGAGCUCGUGCUCCGCUUACAACCUGAUGAAGCUAUAUAUCUUAAAAUCAAUAACAAGGUUCCAGGUCUCGGAAUGAGACUGGACCGCAGUGACCUGAAUCUGCUUUACAAAACAAGGUACUCGAAGGAAAUACCAGAUGCUUACGAGAGGCUGCUCUUAGAUGCCAUGGAAGGUGAACACAGGUUGUUCAUUAGAAGCGAUGAACUUGAUGCUGCAUGGGCACUUUUCACACCGUUAUUGAAAGAAUUGGAAGAAAAGAAGAUCGCUCCAGAGCUCUACCCGUAUGGUAGUAGAGGACCAGUAGGAGCACAUUAUCUUGCUGCAAAACACAAUGUUCGAUGGGGAGACCUUAGCAGCGAUGACUAG